AAAGACAAAAAUGAUAAAAGUUAUCAUUUUUUUCAUUUUUUUCAUUCUUUCUUCUUCAACCGUGGGAAAGAACCAAAAAUGGCAGCCAUGGAUGAGCUCCAUUCGGCCAAGCUUCUAUGGCUUAUAUAGAUCAAUAAAACACAAAAUUUUGGAUUAAGAUCGGGGAAGAACAAAGUUGUGUGCUAAGUCAGGAAAGUUAGCCGUUUCAGCAUUUGAGAGAGAGAAAUCCCGGUUGAACCUUCGGAAAGAUUGGAUGAUACAGAUGGUAUGUAGCUAGGUCACAUGUAUGGUGCUGAGUGCACAUCAUGUGUACAAGAGAGCUACGAGACAUUAUGAUGUAGCUAGGUCGCAUGGGUGAUACUAUGUGUGUUGUCAGGUUGGCUCGGGGUUGGAGAUCGUCGGAAGUAUCAUCACACUAUUAGUUUAUCAAAUUAGAAUAAUGGUAAGGGGUGUUACAGCCACGGUUGCAUCCGGUGGAGCUUCCAUCGGCCUUAUCAAUCCUUACAACUCCCAGCAACUAAUAAAACAUCCAUCUUCAUUUCUUGGCACCAAGUUCAAACUCAGGCUCUCUUCUAAAGGCAGCCCCUCAAUUCCUAAAACGCCGGGAGUUUUGUCCUUGAAAGCUCAACUCAUUGAUGUAGUUCGUGAUCUCUUUGUGGGAGUGGGGAUAGGGUUGCCAUGCACCGUCAUGGAGUGUGGUGAUAUCAUAUAUAGAAGCACUUUGCCGAAGCCCGAUGGGCUAACCCUAACUGUGCCUGGUGCUAUUUUGGCUGUGGGUGCUCUGUCUUAUCUCUGGGCCACUCCAGGUGUCGCUCCUGGGUUUUUCGACAUGUUUGUUCUUGCUUUGCUUGAGAGGUUGUUUAGACCAACUUUUAAGAAGGAUGAUUUUGUUUUGGGAAAGAAGCUGGGCGAGGGUGCUUUUGGUGUCGUCUAUAAAGUUUCAUUGGCUAAUAAGAAGCCUAAUUCAAAGAAAGAGGGUGACUUGGUGGUGAAAAAAGCUACGGAAUAUGGUGCGGUGGAGAUCUGGAUGAAUGAGCGUGUUCGAAGAGCUUGUGUAAACAGUUGUGCUGAUUUUCUAUACGGCUUUCUUGAGGGUUCCUCAAAGAAAGGAGGAGAGUAUUGGCUUGUAUGGCGAUAUGAGGGGGAGGCCACACUUUCAGAUUUGAUGCUGAGCAAAGAGUUCCCUUACAAUGUAGAAACAAUGAUACUUGGGGAGGUUCAGAACUUGCCCAAGGGCUUGGAAAGGGAAAAUCAAAUCAUCCAGACUAUCAUGAGACAGAUCUUAUUUGCCUUGGAUGGUCUUCAUUCAACUGGAAUUGUGCACAGGGAUAUUAAGCCACAAAAUAUUAUUUUCUCUGAAGGGUCUCGUACAUUUAAAAUCAUUGAUCUAGGAGCUGCAGCAGAUUUGAGAGUGGGCAUCAACUACAUUCCAAAGGAAUUUCUUUUGGAUCCAAGAUAUGCUGCACCAGAGCAAUAUAUCAUGAGUACACAAACUCCUUCUGCACCUUCUGCUCCAGUGGCAACUGCACUUUCCCCUAUUUUGUGGCAGAUGAAUCUGCCGGAUCGAUUUGACAUCUACAGUGCUGGUCUCAUUUUCCUUCAAAUGGCAUUUCCAUCUUUAAGGACGGACAGCGCGUUAAUUCAAUUCAACCGUCAGCUAAAGAGGUGUGAUUACGACUUGGUUGCAUGGAGGAACACUGUCGAGCCUCGUGCAAGCCCUGACCUUCGCAAGGGGUUUGAGCUGCUGGAUUUUGAUAAUGGGAUAGGAUGGGAACUUCUGACAUCAAUGGUCCGCUACAAAGCAAGACAAAGAAUCAGUGCAAAAGCAGCACUGGCUCACCCUUACUUUGACAGGGAAGGGCUAUUAGCUUUGUCCUUCAUACAGAAUCUGAAGUUGCAAGUCUUUAGGGCUACACAGCAAGAUUAUGGGGAAGCUGCCAAGUGGAUAAUAAAUUUAAUGGCAAAAUCUGGAACAGAGAAAGAGGGUGGUUUCACAGAAGCACAGCUUCAAGAUCUCAGAGAUAUAGAGCCUAAGAAGAAGGCGAGUCCACAAAGAAAUGCUCUUGCUUCAGCUCUUAAACUUCAAAGGAAGAUUGUUAGAACAUUGAAUGAGAGCAUGGAUGAGCUUAGCAGACGCAGUAAAAGCCUAUGGUGGAGCAGGUGGAUCCCCAAAGAGGAAUAGAGUUUGUAUAUGUACAUAAUUUUUUUUCCUUUUCUGUUAACUGACCAUUCUGAAGAUAAGGAACGUAGCUGGAAUACUAUAGGAGUAUUUUGUAAAUGAUAUAAUUAGUUGAAGUCUAUAUAGUUCUGAAUCAACCGAAAUUGCUAUGAAGCUUGUUGUGUCCUUUGCAUUAAAUUCUGAAGAUAAUAAGCCAGCUGCCAAGAGUUUUUCGUAGCAGUCAGUGAAA